AUGUCAAGUGGAUUGGGACUCCAGGAGCAGGCCUUAGGUAAGGCGACACUAAGAGGUGCCACAAAAGGCGCAAGUGAGGGAGCCACAACAACAGCAGGUAGUAGAGUAGGCACGAGCAUGGGCCAGGGUGCCAAGGUAAGCAGAGGCACCGUAGAUAAGGGCACCUUGGAGGUAGGCAUAGGCAAGGGCGCUGCAGGCAUCUUGGAGGAGGGUGCAG